AUGGAGACAUGCUUCGAGCAGCCGUGCUGCUCGGCGCGACUUGAAGUGCCCCCAGAAGUUAUUGAAGCGGUGCGGAUGGAACUGGGAGACACUGCUCCUCCAGAUGCAGGCCCGGACGGUCGGGAUGUUGAGUCUGAGCCAUCCAUCGCAGCUGCGGUGUCGGCGUCGCCCUUCGCCUGCCUCGAUUCGCCGUCUUUAUCCUCGCGGCCCCGAGGCUCCACGUGGGAUACAGUGGGGCCACCAAGCAGCCCAACUACUUCUGUGGCCGUGUCAAAGACUUUGACGAAGGAAGAAAGGCUUGUUUCGGGCGGGUAUUCCACUGUGGAUGACGAGAUUGUUUGGGGUAUACCUCUCCGUAGAUCUCUGAAAGGACUGGGGCGGGUCUGGCGCUACAAGCCAAAAACGUGGAAGCCCGCCCAGCGUGCUGCACUUCACGAGCUUUCGCAGCACGUGGAGUCCUUCGACGUGUUCCUCUCGCACACGUGGCAAACGCCUGGUUGGCACAAAGCUGUAGCUCUCUCCUUCCAAUGUGGCUGGCGGAGCACGUUUGCCCUGUGGUGUGUAGCGGAGCUUGCAUCCACUGCUUUGUGCCUCCUGGAUGUGCUACCGAUGCCGUUGCCAUACAAGGCAAACGUCAUAGGGUUCACCGACGAGUGUCCUAUGGGCCUGUGGGUUUACGGUUUUGGCGCUCUCGCUCUCCUGUUGGGAUGGUUUCUUACGCCCCACUUGCCGGAUUUUUGCAGUCAGCCGGACAUGGGCUUCAUCGAUGUCGUCAGCAUCCACCAGGAGGACAGUCUUCUCAUGGAGCGGGGAGUCUACGGCAUCGCCGGAUUCUUGCGCAUUUCCUCGGAGCUCCGCGUGCUGUGGAGCGCACCCUACCUGCCAGGGUCCGAGAAGGGUCUGCGCUGA